AUGAGGAUGUUUCGUCUCUUGACUCGACCCCUUCGUGUUCCCACUUUGUCGCCUGUUGUUCGUCUUCGACCUCGCACGAUGGCUACUGCCAAUACGCCAGAUUUUAACAAGCCUCUGUACGCGCCUCUGGCGGAGAUUGACCCUGAAGUGAAGAACAUCAUUGACAAGGAGACAUGGCGGCAGUUCACUGGUCUCGAGCUCAUCGCGUCCGAGAACCUGACGAGUGUGUCGACGAUGGAGGCGAAUGGCUCAAUUCUCACCAACAAGUACUCUGAAGGCCUUCCAGCGGCGCGUUAUUACGGUGGGAACGAGUAUAUCGAUGAGCUGGAGGUUCUCUGUCGCAAGCGGGCACUGAAAGCCUUCAACCUUGACCCGGCCAAGUGGGGUGUUAAUGUACAGCCUUAUUCAGGAAGCACCGCAAAUUUCGCAGCUCUCACUGCUCUUAUACAACCCCAAGACAGACUUAUGGGGCUUGGUCUUCCCGAUGGUGGUCAUCUCACCCACGGCUACUAUACUGCCAAAAAGAAGAUGACGGCAUCGUCGAUUUAUUUCCAACCGGUUCCGUACGGCAUUACGCCCGACACCAACCUCAUCGACUAUGAAGGUCUUGCUGCCCAAGCCAAGAUAUUCAGGCCUAAGCUCAUUAUUUGCGGCGCCUCUGCAUAUCCACGAGACUGGGACUAUGCUUCGCUCAAAAAGACGUCUGAAGCUGUUGGAUCUUUCCUUAUGGCAGAUAUUGCGCACACGAGUGGCCUUGUCGCGGCUGGUACACUCAACAACCCCUUCGAUUACUGCGACGUGGUCACGACCACUACACAUAAAACUCUUCCCAAGGAUCUGGAAAAGCGUGUUAACGAUGCCGUCUUCCCGGCAUGCCAGGGCGGGCCUCAUAAUAAUACCAUCGCAGCCAUUGCAACCGCCUUGUUACAAGUGUCGCAGCCGAGCUUCAAAGCGUACGCAAAACAGGUCAUCGAGAACGCUCGAACCUUGGCGAGCGAGCUUGUUGGACACGGCUACAAACUGCAAACUGGUGGAACAGAUAAUCAUCUCGUUCUUUGGGAUCUCAGACCACUGGGUUUGACAGGGAGCAAGGUUGAAAAGGUUUGCGAUCUGAUGGGCAUUACGAUCAACAAGAAUGCAGUUUCUGGUGACGCCUCAGCCCAGGUACCUGGUGGUAUCCGCCUAGGCACAUCGGCCAUCACCUCUCGUAACAUGCUCGAAUCUGACGUAAAGAUUGUGGCCGAUUUCCUCCAUCGCGCUGUUCAACUUUCUCUAUUGCUCCAGAAGGAGGCUGGCACAAAGAUGCUCAAGGACUUUGUUCGUGUCGCAACCGUGCAAACUGAGGGAAAAGAGGGCUAUGUUAAGGUGAAGGAACUGCGGGAAGAGGUCCAGAACUUCGCGAUGAAGUGGCCGUUGCCUGGUGUCGAUGUGUCGACAUUGACGAAGCCUGAAGGGAUUGUCGAGUGA